GGCACCUGUCUUAUAUAAGGUGGGGGGAACCUUCUGUCUUCACAGUUUGGCUCCUCUCCUCAAACACACAACUUCAACAAUCAUGCGUUUCCUGGCUGUGCUGAUGGUGUUGGUGGUGGUGCUGGCCGCCGCCUGUGCUGACCCAUUACCUGGAUACAAACGAGGCUUUGGAGGUCAGCGCGGCUCCAGUGGAGGCCGAGGAUUCGGCGGAAGCAGCGGUGGAUUUCAUGGCGGAUUUGGUGGUGGCGGCUUGAGUGGAUUUGGCGGCAGUUUUGGUGGACAUGGCGUUGGAUACGGCAGACCAUAUGGUCGGUGAAGCUCACGGCAUCUGUGAAGCUCACGGCAUCUGUGACUGGUGGACCCCCUGGCUCUGACGAUAUCAUUGUCACUUUUUCCAAUUUCUCUUUAAUAAACAAAUUAUUCAUA